UUGCCAUUUCAAAACAGACCAGAGGAAGAGAAUCAAUAUGUGGUUAGCUUAUGUGCAAUUUGUGCUAGCAACUGUUAUGAUGAUUGUCUACAGCCAUAGAUGUAAGGACUAUGACCUGUCGGCCUCAGAUCAGUCACUGAUAGAUAUGAUGAAACAUUACCUUCAUACGUCAAGGAAAGACGAAUGUCCACCGCAAAGCAAAACACUCAAUACAGGAGUGACCUAUGUACGUUGGGGAAAGAAGGGUUGCCCAAAAGGAGUUGACAUAGUCUAUUCAGGACAAGUCGGUGGAAAUCAAUAUUCGUAUAAAGGAGGCGGAGUAAAUUAUUUAUGUCUCCCUAAUGAUCCAGAGAAUGGACAGCAUCAACCAUAUAGCAAUGACCAGGUUCAUGGAGGUGAAUAUGAACUUGGUUCAUCAAUGAAGCCAUCAGGAUGGUCAGAAAGUAUGCAUAACAAGGAAGUGCCAUGUUCUGUAUGUUAUCAAAAACGAAGAUCAGCUGUCAUGAUGAUACCAGGUAGACAGACUUGCUAUAAAGGAUGGAACUCAGAAUAUAACGGUUAUUUGAUGAGUGAUAAUAACGGCCAUUUCAAAAGAGACUACGCCUGUGUUGACAAAAGUGCAGAACCAUUGGAUAAGAAGAAUGGAGAUGAAAACGGAGCUUUGUUUUAUCCUUUACGCACCAAAUGUGGCAGUUUAAGAUGUCCUCCGUAUACCAAUGAAGUAGAUGUUCUUUGUGUCGUUUGUACAAAGUAAAACGUAUCAUAAAAUAUACGAAAUAAACAUUUGUUUUCCUUUUAAA